AGCGCCGUGUGUGACGUCACUUCCGUUUGUAGAAAGCGAAAAGGAUUUUGCAUAAGGCAAGGAAAGGGAUUGAGAGAUUUAAAGAAAAAAAAUAAUAAUAAACUAGGAGGGAAUUAUUUGUAAUCGACGCUUAUUAAAAAACUACAGCCUAUUGGUUUAUAUGGAAAUUGCAACAAAACGGGCAACCAAGCGGUUUGAGAUAAAUCGAUGAUCAAUCUGGAACCGGGAUCCAGGUCCACCAUGACGGACAGCAUCAUGAGCAAAGCUGCCACAAUGGAAAUCCCCAUCAACAGCAACGGAGACACGAGGACUUCCGAAGAUGACAGUCUUGAACAGAUUCACUGGAGCUUAGAGAGGAAGGACCUGCAGCAGGUGAUGGUGUCCGGGCCGAACCUGAACGAGACGAGCAUCGUGUCAGGGGGAUACGGAGGAUCAGCCGAGGGCAUCAUCCCCACCGGCUCCAUCAAAGGCCCAGCUAUACUAUUCAAUGAGGAGUAUUUUGAAAGAAGAUGCGGGAACGCCCCCAAGCCAGACAUUCGCUCCAAAUCUAGGGACUUUCCACCCAGUCAUUCAGCUGCUGGUCGGAUAUCAUACCAGCCAGAUCAUUACCCAGCUCCCAGCAUGCAUCACAGUCACAGUAAUCCAAGCAUGAUGUCAGAGGAAGCCACACGUGGGAUUGCAGUGGAGAAAUUUGACAGUGUGAAGAAAUGGAGCAUCAAUACUUAUAAGUGCACGAAGCAGAUGUUCUCGGAGCGGUUUGGACGAGGUUCACGGACCGUAGACCUGGAGCUGGAGGCUCAGAUCGACGUGUUGCGUGAAACCAAGCAGAAAUACGAGCACAUCCUGAGACUGGCACAAGCCCUCACCACUCACUUCUACAACGUAGUGCAGACGCAGCAGGCGCUGGGAGACACCUUCGCUGAUCUCAGCCAGAAAUCUCCAGAGCUGCAGGACGAAUUCGGCUACAACGCAGAGACACAGAAGCUGCUGUGUAAGAACGGAGAGACGCUACUGGGCGCAAUAAACUUCUUCGUGUCAAGCAUCAACACACUGGUCAACAAAACCAUGGAGGACACACUGAUGACCAUCAAGAUGUACGAGAACGCAAGGUUGGAGUAUGAUGCCUAUAGGACAGACCUGGAGGAGCUGAGUGCAGGCCCGCGUGACGCCGCCGCUAUGGUACGUAUCGAGUUCGCCCAGCAGGAGUACCAGAUCCACAGAGACAAGUACGAACGUCUACGGAGCGACGUCACCAUCAAGCUCAAGUUCCUGGAGGAGAAUAAGGUCAAGGUGAUGCACAAGCAGCUCCUCCUCUUCCACAACGCCAUCUCGGCCUACUUCGCCGGCAAUCAGCAGCAGCUCGAACAGACUCUCAGGCAAUUCAACGUGAAGUUGAAGCGGCCCGGCUCGGACAGACCGUCAUGGCUGGAGGAACAGUAACAUCCCAUAAGACACAGUUAAUCUCAGCCUCGAGGGACUCGGGAGACAGGCUGGAGGAUGGAGUGAUGUAUAGAUGUGCAGGCAGAUGUUUUGUGCAUCUGAACUAAUGAGGGGAUUUAAUGUAAUCACGCGGUGAGAGAUGUUUAUUUAAAGGCAAAGCUUUUAUUCUGACAUAUGAGAAAGGAGAGAGAGAGAGACGCUUCCCAUGCCUUUUGUCUUUGUAUUGAAUUUGUAAUGCGAAGUAAAGUGGAACAUAAUCGCAUUUUUGCUUCUAUAUACUGUACGGCAGACGGCGAUUAUUUUAAUUACAUUUAUUGUAGAGUGGACCGUAUUCAGAGUUGUAUCGUCAGAAAUGAGAAUUUAAUCCGGAUAUUGUGAUUACAGAUCUAAGAUGCACAGUAUUUUUCUUGUAUGAUAUUGGCCCAAGCAAGUUGUAAGUUGUUGGCUCACAAUUUGCAUUAACUAUUAUUUGUCACACUGAAAUGUAUGUUUUCCCCUCUAGUUACAUUCAGAAAACACACUGGAAUGCUGGGUCUUAAUCUGAGGUUAAAAUACAUAAAUCUAACACUAUUAACUAAUUAAUUAAUUGUCAACCAAUUAAAGACCAAUUCAUUAGAAGCAUAUAUUGGACAUAAAUUAAAUAUAAAUAAUAGGAUGUGCUGGAUCAAGUGCUAUUUUAUAAUUUUGUGGAUUAUGAACAUGGAAGUCAUAUUGUAAAAUUAAUUAAGUAAAUAUUAAUUACUAUUACCAUCAAAAUCUUAUAUUACAUGCCUCAUUGUAAAAUUCUUCAUAAUUAAUUAGCUCUUGCUUUUAGGUUGCAUUGUAUUUAAUUUGCCAAAAAAACUCCCUCUGUUGCCGUCUCCGGUCGGUAUUUUGUAUCCCUGAUUUAUUUUUACUUUUUUCAGGUUUAAACAUAAUCGAAACCGAUUAGAAGCAGUGAUCUAGACACUUCCAUUCAAGAAAAGUCUGAAAGCCUUGGAAGUAUGAAUUGCACAAGGCUGAUAUGCAAAAUCUGGUCAGAGAGCUUAACUUAAAUACCUUCGUAUACAGUGUGAAUACGUGCAAAUUCCACCCUGUAAAUAUUCCAGUAAUUUUGGGAUCGCUUGGAGUUUUCAAUUCUGAAUACGGCCCAGUGACGGGAUAUCGUGUGUAGGUGCGCAGGACUAUUCUCUGGUAAGGUGCACUGGAAUUGAGGCAUGCCGUGGAUAACUGUUUACAGUACAUGUCCUUAAAAGGUUAAUUCAUGUAUAUUCUUGUGUAAAUUACAGUGUAAAGUCCCACAUAUCAAAUUAAACACAGUUUGAAAGGAC